GCUAGCACCAUGAGCUAGCAGCUGCCCGUGAGGAGCGGGGAGGGCGGAGCUGCGGGAGCCGCGUUCAGCCAUGUUAGUUUUCUGUGCCGUCCACAAACGAUGAGACAGAGGAGCCAUGGCCUUGUCAUUGAGCGGAGACGAUGAGGAAUAUGAUUCAGAGUCCGAGCAGCAGCGGGCAGCCAACCGGCCAAAGCCCAAGAUGGGGACGACGUCAGCCGUUAAGCUGCCGUCCAACCGCAGCUCGUCCGGCGCCAGACGCAGGAGGACGCGCUGCCGAAAGUGCGAGGCAUGUCUGCGGACCGAGUGUGGAGAGUGUCACUUCUGCAAGGACAUGAAGAAGUUCGGAGGGCCGGGGCGCAUGAAGCAGUCCUGCAUUAUGAGACAAUGCAUUGCGCCCGUCCUUCCUCACACGGCGGUGUGUGUAGUGUGUAAAGAGGCCGGCAAGGAGGACACACUGGAGGAAGAGGAGGACAAGUUCAACUUUAUGUUGAUGGAGUGCUCCAUCUGCAACGAGAUUGUCCACCCUAACUGCCUCAAGGUGAGCGACGCGUCGGGGGUGGUGAACGAUGAACUCCCCAACUGCUGGGAAUGUCCCAAAUGCAACCACGCUGGGAAAAGUGGAAAAGUAUUGAAGCAAAAAAGGGGCCCAGGCUUCAAGUACGCCUCCAACCUCCCCGGCUCUCUGCUGAGGGAACAGAAGCCUGUGAAGGAGGAGGGAGACGUGUCCUCUGGAGCCAAGAGGAGAACAGACAGAGAGGAGACGCCCAGGUACAGACCCGAGGAGUCUCUACACCGACAGCCGCCACUACUCUCUCCCAGCAGCCUGCCCAGGCCCAGGCCUGAGGACAAACUGAGGAAGAAGAGGAAGCUGUUUGAUGAUGAUGAUGAGGACGAUCUCAGUGUGAGGAAAAAGGAAAAGUCAGAUGACCCUUAUUUUUCCAAACUUCUGCACCAUAUCAAAACAGAAGAGGAGGACGAAGACGCAUAUGAGGAAGAAGACGAAGAAGGAAGGGACCCUCAAUUCCGGAUUGGUGUAGAGAGGAAACGGCGAUUAGGAGAAGCUGAAGAAGAAGGGGCUGACAGGGACUCAAAGAAUGAACUUUUGAAUCCCUGCAUUAAAACGCCUGUUGGAGACAGUGACCAGUCUCACAGCAGCUCUCCGCAGGCAGGCCCCAGCAGUGAGGGUGGAAGUGAGACCCAGGAAAAAGGUCCGCGUCCUAAAGCUCGCCGCAAGCGGCGUUUGCCUAACAGGGAGCUGAGCCGAGAACUGAGCAAAGCACUGAAUCAGGAAAUCCAGAAGACGGAGGACUGCCUGGCGAACGAGAACCGCCAACCCCUGAAGGUGGAGCCAGAGACGGAAAACGAGGAGCCCAAGAGGUUGUUCCGCAACGGUAAUGAACUUGGGGAUCAGAGGCCACACCUCAAGACCAAAGAGAUGAACGGGACCCCGUGGGAGCUGCGGCACUUCUACCCGAGUCAGAUCACUCCACUAGGUUUCAACCGGAGCACGCCGACCAACCGCCCGGUGCCGCCACGCUCCCCACCCAAGUGUGUCCAAAUGGAGCGGCACGUCAUUCGCCCCCCUCCGAUCAGUCCGCCUCCCGACAGACUGCCUCUUAAAGACAGUAAAAUGCACAUCAUACAGCGUGAGAUCUGGAUGAAGAUCUUUCGCUACCUCACACACCAGGAGCUGUGUGUCUGCAUGAGAGUCUGCAAGACAUGGAACAGAUGGUGUUGUGAUAAGAGACUGUGGACAAAGAUCGAUCUGAACCGCUGCACCUCCAUCACUCCACUCAUGCUGAGUGGGGUUAUCCGCCGACAGCCGGUUUACCUGGACCUCAGCUGGACAAAUAUUUCCAAGAAACAAUUAAGCUGGCUUAUCAAUCGAUUGCCAGGUCUGCGAGUGUUAAAGUUGUCUGGGUGCUCUUGGGCUGCUGUGUCUGCGCUCUGCACCUCCAGCUGCCCUCUGCUGCGCACCCUGGAUGUCCAGUGGGUGGAGGGACUUAAAGAUGCACAGAUGAGGGACCUCCUCUCACCCCCCACAGACAACAGACCAGGUCAACUGGAUAACCGCUGCAAGUUGCGGAAUGUUGAGACCCUGCGGCUGGCGGGGCUGGACAUCACAGACACAUCUUUACGUCUCGUCAGUCGGCAGAUGCCUUUGCUGUCCAGGCUGGACCUGAGUUACUGCAACCACAUCAACGACCAGUCAGUCAACCUACUGACAGCAGCAGGGACCACGACCAGAGACUCUCUAACAGAAAUCAACCUGUCUGGUGAGAAACGGGAGCUUAGGAAUACACAGGCACGAUUACAGGAGCUGCUGGGUUGUAAAUAACAUACAGAUCUGACACAGUAUGAAGCCAGAAGCUUUUGCUGGGAGGUUUUUUAGGGAAUCCAGAUUUAUCUUGUUCUGCUUUUCCCAGUGUUCAGUUUGUGGGAGGUACAUCCCCAGUAAACACCGAGUCAGCAACAGAUAAAAAAAAAAAUUCCUGGAUGAAACCACUGACCUGUGUUAAGGCUUUUACUUUGGAGCAAAUAGGUAACUUAAUCCUCAACUUAAAAGGUAUAUAGAAUUAAUCAAAUGAACCCAUCUUUUAUCUCAUAUUUACAUCUGGACUAUUUCUACCAUGACAUGUAAACUAUCUUCCAAAAGACAUGUAAAAGAAUGCUGUUCCAGAGAUUGUACUUCAAUUGCAGCCUAAGGUUACAAAUUAAUAGUUUACUACCUGGGAUACUAACUAACUAACUAACUACCUUUGGCAGGAGCAACAGAAAACAGGCUGUGCCCUCGCUGUUGAACACAGUGUUCGUGUGGCAACUGCAGAGGGAGUGUUGUUGUAUGAAAGAAAUUGAAAGUAGAGAAGGUAAAUCACAGCUGAUUUUAACCCCAUAAUAACCUGAAUGCUGUGAGCUGCACUUCAUUGCUCAAAGCAUUUACAUUCUGACACUCCUAGAAUCAAAAAAACACCAAUUAAUUGAGCUUACACCAGAAAAAAGAGUGAAUAUUUGAAAGGCACUCAUUAGAGUGUGUACCUCUGUCAACGCCCAACCGUCCCCUUCAAUUUAAUUAAGCCGCAACAAAUUGCAAACACUUAUUGGUUUCACGCCACUAAAAAUCCUGGAUCUGCCCCAAAAAUUUUACGGGUUCUGUCUUGGUCUGUGUCCCAUCAUUUCACAGAAUUUUGUGGAAAAUCACAGUGUAGUUUUGUCUUAAUCCUGCUGACAAACAAAUCAACAGAUGGGGUUGAAAACAUAACCUAGUUGCUGGACAUUUUGAAAUAAUAAAUCACUUGUGUCUCACAUUGGUGUUUUUUAGGCUCAAAACUUCAAUUUUUUUAAAUGCUGACACAUUUCAAAUUAGGAGGCAUCAAAGAUUAUUUAUUUAAAUAAUGUACAUUCUCUUUGAGAUGUUGUACCUUUCUCCUCAAGAAAAAGACGAGAAUAACUUGCACAUCCCUUUUUAAGUAUGAGGCUUGUGACUGACUCUUGUUUUCUUCGUUUUCUUUUCAGUUUGUAACCGCGUCACAGACCAUUCCCUUAACUUUUUCAAGCGGUGUGGAAGCAUCUGUCAGAUAGACCUUCGCUUUUGCAAGCAGGUGACCAAGAUGGCCUGCGAAAGGUUCAUGGCAGAGAUGUCUGUGAGCGUGCCGUUCA